AUGGGUAAAUACCUGUUCAAAGAACGAAGACUGCCAGUAUACGAUAUCGCCGUAGCCGUCACCAAAUUAGACAUGUGCAGGCGACAAUACCCACACGAUACAUGCAACAGGGGUACCGCAGGAUUCGCGUACGUGGGAGGUGCUUGCGUAGUGAACAAACGUCUCGAGAAAGUCAAUAGUGUCGCGAUCAUCGAGGACACAGGUGGUUUUUCGGGCAUCAUCGUAGCGGCGCAUGAAGUCGGUCACCUGUUGGGUGCGGUGCACGACGGUUCGCCGCCGCCGACCUACCUGGGCGGACCGGGAGCGGAGAAAUGUCGCUGGGAAGACGGAUACAUCAUGAGCGAUCUGCGGCACACCGAAAAAGGAUUCCGGUGGUCACCGUGCAGCGUGUCGUCUUUUCAUCAUUUCUUAAACGGUGACACGGCUACAUGUCUGUUCAAUUCGCCACACGAAGACGAGUCACUACCCAGGAUGUUGCCAGGAAAACUGUUGACUCUGGACGCCCAGUGCAGAAAAGACCGAGGGACCAGCGCCUGUUUCAAAGAUGAUCGGGUGUGCGCUCAGCUGUUCUGCUUUGACGCUGGUUCGGGUUACUGCGUGGCGUACAGGCCCGCGGCCGAAGGAUCACCUUGCGGAGAUGGACAACAUUGCACCAACGGCAAGUGCAUAACGGAACACGAGAACAUAAUACCGGACUUUUCGCAAAACACACCGGCCUACCUGCGCCGGUCAGGAGACGAAGGGGAAGCAACUCAAGACUGGCCACAGUAUUUGACUCCUAACGUCACGACACAGAGGUCCGUGUGGAAUGACUAUUGGAGGACAACCCAAAAGACUAUUGCCACCACCACCAGUACUAGUAACAACUUGCACCCCCGACCGCAAAACUUGCAGUACGCUCCCAACCCUUACCAACAACCUCCACAGGUAACCACCACCACGACUAACGGUGACGCUCAUGACGCGCGAAUACCGACAUACAAACAACUACUACUUGUACAACAACAACAACAACAACUACAACAACAACAACACCAAAUCAAACAACAACCACUAGGUAACGGCGACAAAAACGAAGACCCGUUGGCCGCGUUGCUUAAAAACAAAUACUACCACUCGGGGCCGCAAGAGUUGAAAACCGUCGAUCGACCUCAGUCGCCCAAGAGUAACGGCGGCGGUUCGUACGCUGACGAGUGCGUGGACCGAGCAGGAGCCACGGACAUGCUGGGAGCCGUGUCCUGUUACGACUACCUAACUAGGUACGGCAUGGGACACUGUUCGAACCCGUACAUCCGGGAAAACUGUUGCGCAGCCGUCAAGUACGUGUGCAACGGAGGCGGCCCGUCGCGGCAACUGCAACUGCAACAGUUCGGCUGA